GUCACCGGCACUGGGUGCUCAGCAUUGCUUGGUCACCUGAUGGGAAGAAACUGGCCUCGGGCUGCAAGAACAGCCAGAUCUUUCUCUGGGACCCAGCCACUGGCAGCCAGAUCGGCCGGGUGCUCUCUGGCCACUCCAAAUGGAUCACAUGUCUGUGCUGGGAACCGCUCCACAUGAAAAAGCCUGUGUAGAGCAGCUCUCAAGAAACCCGGAGUGCCGUUACCUGGCCAGUGCCUCCAAGGACAGCAGCAUCCGCAUCUGGGACACGCUGAUGGGCAGGUGUGACAAAAUCCUCACAAGCCACACGCAGUCAGUGACCUGUGUGAAGUGGGGGGGCGAUGGCUUGCUCUACUCCUCCUCCCAGGACAGGACCAUCAAAGUCUGGAGGAGCCAGGAUGGGGUCCUGUGCCGCACCCUGCAGGGCCACGCUCACUGGGUGAACACCAUGGCCCUGAGCACUGACUAUGUUCUCCGCACUGGAGCCUUCGAGCCAGCCGAGGCCACCAUCAACCCCCAGGAUGUCAGAGGCUCCUUGUCAGAAAUCAAAGAUAGGGCACUGCAGAGGUACAACCAAGUCCGGGGCCAGGAACCAGAAAGGCUUGUCUCGGGGUCUGAUGAUUUCACCCUGUUUCUUUGGAGACCAGCAGAAGACAAGAAGCCACUGGAGAGAAUGACAGGCCACCAGGCAUUGAUUAACCAAGUCCUGUUCUCACCAGACACCCGGAUAAUAGCUAGUGCUUCCUUUGACAAGUCCAUAAAGCUCUGGGAUGGUAGGACAGGAAAGUACCUGACAUCACUGAGGGGCCACGUGUCAGCUGUGUACCAGAUUGCCUGGUCAGCCGACAGCCGCUUGCUGGUGAGCGGCAGCAGCGACAGCACCCUCAAGGUCUGGGAUGCCAAGACAAAGAAACUGGCCAUCGAUCUGCCUGGCCAUGCAGAUGAGGUGUAUGCAGCAGAUUGGAGCCCAGACGGACAGAGGGUAGCGAGCGGAGGGAAGGACAAGUGUCUGCGGAUAUGGCGUCGAUAGGAGCAGUGACAUGGAGCCGCUGGUCCUGCCCUCAGCACAGUCCUGGGAGAUCUCCAAGGUGAUGGAUGAAGAGAUUGACCCAAACACGGCUCUGUGUUCCUGUUGGCAACUCUCCCUCGUGGGCUCUUUCCUUAUAUUUAUUUAAGGAAAUUUUAAUUUUAGUUCUUAUUAAGAGCUGUGCAUUGCAGGAUGAUUUCCUCUGAACAUCACAGGAGGGAUAUCUCAUCUGCCUCCAUCUCAACUGGCUUUUUAUUGGAAUUUUAGCCUCACAGUAGCCAUGGUCUUGAAAGGGGCAAGCAAAGGGUGGAGACUGCUCGUGCCCUUUCUUGCUCUGUGAAGAAUCCUGUGGAGAAGAGUGUUUUAGUGGGAACAGAGAGGGUUGUCCUUGUGUGGCCUUGAGAGAGAGAAAAACGGUAAAAUUCAGCACAACAUUACACUGCAGAAUUGUGCUUUGGCUGCAUGUCUGGGACAAAGAUCUGCUGGGAAUGAGGACCUGGGGCUUCUCGUUAUUCCAGUAAAGUUUUGUUUUUCCACA